AUGAAUGAAACAAGCUAUUUCGACAAACUAAAGAAAAAAGCAUUGACAAAGUCAAUCGAACCGAUAAACGAAGGUCAUCACAAAAGUUCCCCAGCCAAGGAUUUACGAAUAGCGAAAGAUAUUCAAAAGCAAAGUGCUGCGAUUUCAAAUAUUUACCAUUGCCAAACUGGAAUUUUAACACCGUUCAAUCCAUAUGAGCACGGACUUUACAUCAUCCUUCAUCUGACCAAUGAAUAUGAUAAUGAUAUUAGAGAAGCAUGCCGAAAAUUACCUCAAAUAAAGGAAUCACUUAGCCAAUUACAUCCAGGUUGCAGACUAGAGGCAACAUUAGGUAUUGGGUAUUCUAAAACUCAAGAAUGGCUUGCACGAGCAGAUAUUUCGUUUCCGAAAGUUUUUAUAGAAUUUCAAGAGAAAAAUAGUUCGACUGGAAAAACGAUGCCAUGUACAGGAGGUGACUUAAUGCUUCAUAUUAGAAGUGAUCGAAAAGAUCUUUGUUUUGAAUUGGGUCAACAAUUUUGUCAAUCUAUUCCUGAUGAUUGUAUUAUUGAAUUGGAUGAAACAUUUGGCUUUUCAUAUAUGAGCUCACAAACAAAUGGAUUAUCUCAAGAUCUUACGGGUUUCGAAGAUGGCAACGAAAAUCCAAAGGGAGAUGAACUCAGAGCUAAAGCUGCACUUAUCUGUGAGGGAGACGAUGUUCCGAUUCAUAUUGGAGGAUCAUUUGCAUUAACACAAAAAUGGAAGCAUAAUCUUAAUCAAUGGGCUCGGCUAUCACAAGCAGAACAAGAGAAUGUAAUCGGACGAACGAAAGGAGAAGAAAGUAAAAAGAUCAGACCAAAAAUUAGCACAUCUCAUAUAUCACGAACGGAUCUAAAAGAGAAUGGUGUGGAUAUCAAAGUAGUUAGACAAUCUUUACCUUAUGGAGGUAUGAAAGAGCAUGGGCUAUUUUUUAUUUCAUAUGCUUCGAAUCCAAAUAAACAUGAAAGACAACUCAAUAGUAUGAUUGGAAUGGACGAUGGAAUUUAUGAUCGAAUUAUGGAUUUUUCAACACCAAUUACUGGAAAUUAUUGGUUUAUUCCAUCGAUCGACGUUUAUGAAAAAAUGUUCUAA